AUGGUCUUAGACAACGGUUUUUACAGUGUUGCUCUUGAAGUACAUUUUUUCAUUACACUAGCAUAUAAGAAAGCAGAACAGACGCAUGCUCUUCCUCUUCUCUUCGAAACCAAGGGCGAAGAACGCUACUCUUCCUCCCUCCACCGCCCUAACCCACGCCUUCAGAAUCAGAGACGUCAUCGAACCACAGUUCACCAGGAAGCCCGAAAUCGCACCAUCAUCGCAAGUCACCAGGAAGCCCUAAAUCAAAACUCACCAUCGUCGCACCAUCAUCGUCACUGCAUCCUUCCCAAAAUCGUUGCUGCCUCCUCCUUUCCGGCGUUGCUGAGUCUCUCCUCUCCGCGACGUCGCUGCUUCUCCCCUCUCCGUGGCUUCAGUGCUUCUCCGUUCUCUGCGGCGUCCUUGCGUCUUCUGCUUCGCUGCUUCUCCCCUGUUCUACUUCGCUGCUUCUGCUUCACUGGGUUGUGCUUCGCUGCUUCUACUUUGCUACUGCUGCUUCACUGCAUCGGCCGUUUGUGGGUUGUCAUCUGUGAGACAACAGUGAAGAAAACACGAGGACCUACACAAUGCUUGAAGAUUCAUGCAAGACAGUUGGAAGAUAGAGAAGAAAUUACUCUAGAUAUCGAAGGAGAGGCAAUUGGUCCUACUGAUGAAGCUGUAAACAACUUGAGCAAAUUUUUGGGCACAGUGGCAAGGAAUUUAGAUUUUUGUCCAUUAAUUUACACAAAUUGGAAGGGGAUUAAAGAUAAAGAAGCCAUUUAGGAAUAUGUUCAAGCUAAAUUCAUUAUUCCAACUGAAGAAAAGAGGAUAGUCCUUGCUCGUAUCAAUGACAACUGGAGACGGUAUAAGACCACAAUCAAGCAAAAUUAUUUUCUGCCAUACAAAUGUGUUAAUGAGAUGCUGAAAAAUCGUCCUAAAAGCAUAGCUGAGAGUCAUUUUCGCAAGUAAA